CACAUUGUUGGUGAUGUGGCUGACCAGAGAAGGAAAAGUCAUUUAAAACGAAGAGGGAGGAACUCAGCUGGAUUCAUCAUGUCCGUCAAGUCUCCAAAGCUGCCGAGCAUCAAAAAGAAAAGAAGACAAAAAAAUAAAUGUUGGCAGACCAGUACAGCUUCCGCCUGUGACUGCUCAAACCUGAGGUUAAACCUGCAGGCCAGGAGGUGGGUUGUUCUUGGAUAAAGAACAACACAGGUUCAAACCCCACUGCAGUCAGCAUGUCGUUGUGUCCCUGGGCAAGACACUUCACCCCAAAAUGCUCCUGUGGGGAUUCUCCACAGUAUUGAGUAUGUAAGUCGCUUUGGAUAAAAGCGUCUAACAAGUGACAUGUAAUGUAAUGUAAUAAUUGGGUUGGAGGCAGCAAGUCUAGUAAAUGUGGGUGUUUAUGGCACUGCGGGGUAGAGUGUUGAAGGGAAACUUGUUGUUUUGUUUGCAGGUGAGCUGAAAUUCUAAGAUCAUAUGUAAUGAUUAGGUAUCUACUGUACGGGGAUAAUGUGCCUUUUUUGUUUCUAACGGAUUAAUGUUUUCUAUUAUAUAUAACAGUGUUUUUAUUUUGCAAUAGAAACAUUAAUAGAUCAAGUAUCGUUAAAAAAAUAAUCAAAGUGUCACGUAACUUGAUAAAAAUUAGUCACAGUGAAAGCUUGUGUACAGAUUAAGAAUUAAUAAGAAAUCAGUAGAUGUUUAUAUUCAAAAACAUGCAUCACACAUGAACUAAAUACUAAUAGUCAUCUUUUUUUUCACAUUUUCAAUAAUCACAAAAGCAGCUUUGAAGUAUGAAGAAUCAUCAGCGAAGUAUAAAUAAUUAAGCUUUUCUGAGUAUUUUACAAAGUUUGACUAAAACAUUUUUACCAAACUAUUACUAAAAUAAAGACUUGGAUUGGAUUUCGGUUCUGAUCAUAUUACAUUUUAUUCCACAUUUAACUGGAUAAAACCAUUUGCAAUUUUAAAAUAUAGCACAUCCAAAGGCUAAAUUAUUGAUUAUUUUGUUAACCAGAACCUCCAAAGGACAAUGCACAGGCAGAGGUUCUCAAUACCCUGGGACUAGAGGCCUUCUUGACUACACCACUGGACCCAGCGUCUCUGUUGGACAUCAGCACUUGGACUCUGGAGAAACAGGCCCCUCUUGAGCCCAAGGAUCUGCCAAAUGCCUUUCUACAACGCUUGUGGCUGUUUAGCCAAGAUGCCCGGAGUCCUUGCUGCAAACCUCUGCAUGAUGUUUUGAACAAUUCCAACAAUUCACCUGAGGAAAUUAGAAAUGGUUUUAAAGAAGAAAGCCAGUGUGCCGUCAACCCCCUUGAUCUAGUAACAGCUGUCUUUAUGUCGGCUAACACUUUUCUUCAGCAGGAGAUGACUGUGCGUAUGUUACAAUGCCAGUUUGCUGUGCCCCUGGUCCUUCCAAAUAAAGAUCCAGAAGAAGCCAGUCGCUUCCUUCUUUGGCCUUUGAGAGGUGCUGUUACUCAAUGGACGUUGCACUUUCCGGAAAAUAACAGAAAGGUCUAUGGGGGGGAUUUGGCGAGUACAUACAUGCCAGUAGUUUCUUGUGUGAGGCUUGGUCACAGUGGUGUCUCUAAGUCACAGGUGCUAAACAAUGUAAUAGGUGGACUCGGAUCUUCCUGUGACACAUUUCUCCACAGGGGGAUGGAUGGAGGACAGCUUCCCCGAAGACUCUCAAAUGGCCUGGUUGAGAUUGGAUGGUAUCUACCUACUGGUGACCCUGUCAGAGACAUUUUUCCUGUCCCUGUGGUCAUCUCUAACCUCCGUGGUGAUGCCAGUAAACAUGAAAAAUGCCUCAGCCUUCUAUGUCAAGCGUCUUCAGCCGUGGUGGUUUUCUGUGGGAAUCUUCGGGAGAAAGAAAAACAAGUUCUUGCAUCUUGCAAGUAUAUGGCACACAAGCUCAUAUUGAUUGACCUAUCAGAUGCUGAGAACAAUGACAACAGGGUCGUGAGGUUUGCUGGUCAGAACCUUGAGGAAUACAUGGAGCUUCCUGGAGGAUCAGUGGUACACGGUAGGGAUUUGAGUGAAGAGGAACUGGCUAACAUGCUGUGUGGGUCCUUGAAAAAUAUAUUACCAGAUGAAUUGAAACUUGUGACACUUGAGGCAGCAGCCAAAUUAGCAGAGGAGCUAGGCCUAAAUGUAGACGAAGGGGCAGUCUGCAAAAAGGCAAUGGCUACAGUGGAGAAAGUAUUGCAAGGUUUAGAUGAGGGAUCUGCUCAAUUUAGGGACAAACAGCUUCCAUUGCAGGGGUCUUUGUGGAGCAAACUUGCUGAAAUGGAAAAGGAGGAAAGUAAGCAAAGAAAAGAAGGAAAAGAAAUUGACGGACAACUGCAAAAAGAAAAGAAAGACAUCUUGGUAGAGUUGAGCUGCUACAAAAUGACCUCAGCAAUGAAGAUUUUCACUGGCGCGCUUUCAGCAACAGAUAAAGUGGAGAGGACCUAUUUCCUUAGUUGGAUGAAGCUGAGGCUUCGUCUUAAUCAAAUGGAAAAACAAAACAGUCCACAAGACCUAUUUACAAAGCUGAAGACAGAAAAAGGUGGCCUGCCAGAACACUGUGAUAACCUCCAAAAUGGAGUAAAUUAUGACACAGGGGACAGUGAUAGUUUCUGCACAGAUUCGACACCUGAGGAAGAUAACACUGAAGAGCAGCUCAUGAAUCAUGAAUUGCAAGAUUCUGAGCAACAGGUGGAGAUAAGCCAAGGGUUAAUACACAUUUUGCAAACAUCUGCAGAAAAAACCAUAGAGCUACAGUCACAACAGAAAGAACUUGUUGAGUCAACAAAAGAUCCAGGCAGAGAUGUUUCCUUUGAACAUCCUACAGACUCAUGUCAACAGUUUUUGGAGCCUGAUCAGUCCUCGCUUGGACUUGAGCAUUUUUUGCGUGAGAUGGGCUUAAUUUUUGAACUAACACACAUCAGUCCCGGGAGUGGGAGCCACAAUGUGUUGCGUCUCCCUAGUUUAGCUACAGACCUUCUUCUAUAUGGGAUUCCACUUGAACUGAUGGAUGGAAAUGCCUCUAACAUCCCAAUGCGCUGGCUGGCAUGUGUCUUUGCAGAGCUCAAACUCCGCCUACCUCAAAAACAGUGCAGGAUCCGAGUGCUGACAAAUCUUGGAGUACAUCAUGCUAGGAAUGCUGAGCUUCUUUCUGAAUUAUUUGGGGCAAAAUUUCCUGAAGGAAGGAAAAGAUCCACUAAAGGGUUAUACAUGGCUGCCCUGUGUCUGCCUGAUCGGCUAAGAAAGGAAAUGGAGUGUGACUUUCUGUUUUUAAUUGAUGUAGAAGGUCUCUGCUCAGUGUCUCUGGACAACAAAAUAAAUGUGCUGAUCCACGACAAUGAGAUGGCCACUGUUGCCGCAGGCUUGAGUGAUGUUAUAUUGCAGAACAUCUCUUCACACGUGGGUACUGAGUAUGAAACUUACAUCACUGUCACAGUCAAUGCUCUCCUACGCAUCAAAGAAUGUAGUUCCAUGCCCAUUUGCCAACUCCUGGCCCAGGAUGAAGGAAUACACUGCUUGUUACAAGCAUCACAGUUAAGACGUGUAUCAGAUAUGCUACAGACUGAGAGUAGGGACAGAGGAACUAGCAAUGCUGAUGACCAUUAUGCAAAGACCAAAAGCUGUAUCACCUGUGUCAAAGGGCCUUGGUGCAAUAUGUCCCUUUCUCAACCAAUUGACACACAGUAUAGUGAGACUUUGUUAAAGCUUAAGGAAAACCUGUUUGGGGCGUUGAAGAAGUGUGCAGCUAAGUCUGAAGCCACUGGUCUGCCUGAAUUAAUGAGUCGUUUGUGUGCGGUUUGGGAUGCAGUGAAAGCAGAAUCAUUCUCCACUGGUCUGCAAAAUACUGACAUAGCUUUAGCCUUCUGUUUACUGUGCACCGAGUUUUUCCAGUGGGAGCAUAGUUGCCUGGAACACAUGGAGAGCUGGCUUAAGGGGGCAACAGAGACAAUCUUCGACACAAAGGCAAAGGCUCUAGACGCUGAAAUCCAAAAUAGCCUUUUGAGAAGGCUGAAGGAUGAAGCCAGAGAGGAAGUCAAAACAGAGGUAGACAAGCUUAGAUCAAAAGCAGAUGCCUAUUUGACGAAAGACAACAUUCUCGAAAUGAACACUUUCAAGCCAAUCCUAAUGAGCAAUAUUGAUCACCUUCAGGAGGAAGUAACUGAAGAGAUGGUGCAAAGGUUGGGGACAGUCAACGAAAGCCAUUGUUCUUUGACACAGUUGGAAAGGUUUGAGAACUCACUGGAAAAAGAACAGGAAUUUAAAUUGCAUGCACUCGUAGAGAACAGCAAGUCAUCUAAAGUUCUCCUUCAAGAUACAGAACUAGAAGAGGAGUUUGAGGAUGUGUGGAGUAAGACUUUGUCCAACUUUGAAUUUAGGCCAUCAGAAAUAGAUGAUAUUACUGCAAGAGUGACCAAUGUUUUGAAACAUAAUCUAAUUUGCUGUGGUCUCCAGAAACACAUGAAAAAACUUGAAGCUAUCGGCAAAAACCAAGCAUCGGGCUUCCAAGUUAAUGAUGAGCACUUUGGAUACCGCAGCAGAUUAAAGCACAUGUUUGAAGACAACAACAGACUGCAGAGGGUAGAAGCUCAACAGGUAGCAUGCAAGGUCAUAGAAGAAUACAAUCAGUUUGUAGAAGAUAAGUCUAGUUUAGCAGCAGAUUUCUCCGACAGCUAUAUUGCAGAACUUUUGGAAAAUGUUGAAAAAGCCUUGAAAGAAAAAUCUAUGGAAAUCAGAUCAGCGUUUGAAGUGGAUCUGAAAGUUUAUCUCUGUAGCGCUGCAUGCCAAGACUUCCAACAACUACAUGACCGCUAUGCCAAGGACAGCGUGCUUUUGACAACUAUUACUGCAACCAAGAGUAAGUACAUGUUAGAUUUCAUCUACAAGUUCAGGAAGAGAGAUCAGUGCCAGAGGGUGGCUCAAGCAUUUACCUCCAUGGUUGUCAAACCUACAGUGUUAGAAUAUAUUUAUAGACCACUGGGAAUGCAAAUUGUUAAAGAUAUCCAAGAUAAAGCCCAGCAGUAUCAGUCCCCAUGUUCCUUUCAUCAAAGCUUAAUGGAAGAGCUAGUGAAGGAGGACCAUUUUGAAAGCUUCAAGGAAUAUUUGCUUAACUAUGACAAAUUCAGAGUGAGGAAGAUCCAGGAGACGGUGGUGGCUCAUCUCUCUGAAUCAUCCAACUUUGGUAUAUGGAGGCAACAGAGACUUGGGGAAAUUGUAGGGAAGAUUGCGGCAGCAGUGAGCCAAACGGCAGAAGGUGCCAGUGGAGUACUUAGUGAUACAAAGCCACUACUGGAGAGAGUUUGCCUCAUUUUAGAGAAAGAUGGAGAUGUUGAUGUCAAGGCCAGGUCCUGUUUGGACGGACCUUUCUUCAGUAUCACCACGGAAUGGGAUCGCUUUGUCACAUGUCUAAUGGAGUUACUGGCUGCAAUGAGAUUGGAACUAGCCCAGGAGUUCUCUCAAAAUGUUGAGAUCACCCAACUUCUUCAGUGCCCUAUAAUUCAGCCCCAAGAGGCCUUGUUUGAAAGAGUAAGAGGCUGUGACCAGCACUGUCCUCUCUGCAGAGCCCCCUGUGAGCUGCAAGAGGGGCAUGAGCUUCACAAGGCUCUGCUCCACAGGCCCAAAGACAUGUUGCCCCAUGACUCAGGUAUGACAGAGGGAAACCCAGGCAUGAGUAAGGACAAACAAGACCUGUCUGUAGCAUGCAGCAGCCUCCAUUCCCUCUACCCAGACUGGAGCAUCUCCCAUGGGGACCCAAACACUGAGAUGCCAUGUGCUUAUUGGAGGUAUGUGUGGGCAAGGUUCAAUGAGAACUUUGCAAAGGAAUACAAUCAGGAACCAGCAUAUAUUUCUGAUGAGUGGAAGGAGAUAACUGAGGAGGAGGCACUGGACAGUCUGAAGGAGGCCUUCUUCCAUGGACAAUGCUGAUGAUUAUGGCUACUCUGUGCUGUACGCUCUUAUCAUAUUAUGUAUGACAUUUUCCUUACCAAGUUCAGGUUUUAUUUGGUGUGUAAGUAUUGUAUACCUAUCAAGGAUGUUGAUGUUUGUAUAAUAGUGGAUAUAAAUUCAAGCAUUGACCAUUAAUUCCAAACACUGGAAAUAACUGAUGAUGUUGUUUGCAUUUUAUUUUUAUUUUUUAUCUUUUUAUCAUUUCAUUAACAAGAUAGUGUUUUGUAAAAUAUGCCUUUAAAAUAUGUUGUUAAUCACGUUAAUCCAAUACCUCCUGAUCUGACAAGACAGUGUGGAAAAUGUUUGCAAUGUAAAAUAUGUUUGAAUCAAAACAUCAAAUAUCUAGUCUCAUUAAUUUCUUACUAUAUAUCCAGCAGUGAUUUCAAGUAAUUCCUGUUCUGUACUAGAUAUAUCUUCAACUAUAGGCCUUGUGUUUUAAACACAUCAGGUUAUGACUCCAAUCUAACUUGAAAUAUAUUGCAACAUUCAAAUAAAACAUACAAAUAAGAAAAUAAGUAAAUGUAUUGAAAUAACAACACGCUGUGUAUUUCUUCUUUGCUUCAUUUGAAGUCAAACUGUGAUGGAGGAAUCCCUGUGAUUUGAGUUUAUUGGUUUUAUAUAAAAACUGACAUGCUACCUAAUGUAUUCAUAUAUUAUCUGUUUAGCUAUUCUACUUGUACAAGAUGUUUAUAUCCAAUAUGUUUAACUGCAAUAUGUACAACAGUAAAAUAAACACAUGAAUUAUUGUA